GGCAAGAGACAGACAGAAAACAGGGAAAGGGAAAUCAGCAAGGGUAUAUAGAGGCAGAGAGUGAUAAAGUGAGGGUCACACAGGUUUAAAGAGGGACGGCACACAUUUCUGAGACGUCUGGUUCAGGAUGGACACCAUGAUGCUGCAGGAGAAACUGGUGGAGAAACUUCUGUGUCCCCGAACCAGAACCACCAGACAGAAGGACAAGCAGUAUGUUGGCUUCGCUACGCUUCCUAAUCAGGUCCACAGGAAGUCGGUGAAGAAGGGCUUUGACUUCACUCUGAUGGUGGCAGGUGAAUCUGGAUUGGGAAAGUCUACUCUAGUAAACAGCCUCUUCCUCACAGAUCUCUAUAAAGACAGAAAAUUACUAAAUGCUGAAGAGCGUAUUAAUCAGACGGUAGAGAUCACCAAACACACAGUCGACAUCGAGGAGAAAGGAGUCAAACUCAAACUCACCAUUGUGGACACGCCAGGGUUUGGAGACGCAGUCAAUAACAAUGAAUGUUGGAGGCCCAUCACAGACUACAUCGACCAGCAGUUUGAGCAGUACUUCAGAGACGAGAGUGGACUGAACAGAAAGAACAUAUUAGACAACAGAGUGCACUGCUGCCUGUACUUCAUCCCGCCGUUUGGACACGGCAAAGAGCUGAAGGAGUGCACUCCGUUUGCGGUCAUUGGCAGUAAUACAGUGGUGGAGGCCAGAGGUCAAAGGGUCAGAGGUCGUCUUUACCCCUGGGGUAUCGUGGAAGUGGAGAAUCAGUCUCACUGUGAC